AUGUCUAACCCGCUCGUCGAUAUGCAGAAACCGGAUGUGAUCUUCUGUAUCGGCACAAAUAUGACGGAAUGCCAUCCUGUCGCGGCGACGGGACUUAAGAAGGCAAUCGCCCGUGGUGCGAAACUCAUCGUCGCGGAUCCGAGGCGCAUCGGGUUGGCGGAUCUGUCGCAUCUCUACCUACCACUCCGCGUCGGUUCCGACACAGCACUACUCCUCGGUAUGGCACACGUAAUCGCCCGAGAAGGCUUGAUUGACGAAGAGUUCAUCGAAAAUCGCACCACUGGGUUUGAUGAAUUCUUUGAACAUAUCAGCCAGUGGACACCGGAAUGGGCAGAAACGAUUACGGGUGUCCCCGCGAAGGACAUUGAGACAGCAGCGAUGUGGUACGGCAGCGCGAAUAAGGGUGCCAUCUACUACACGCUUGGAAUCACAGAACAUAUCUGCGGCGUUGAGAAUGUUCAGAGCCUCUGCAAUCUCGCCUUGAUGACCGGUCAUAUUGGUCGAGAGGGAACAGGCAUCAACCCAAUGCGUGGGCAAAACAACAUUCAAGGCGCGGGGGACAGUGGCGCAUUGCCAAACAACUAUCCCGGCUUCCAAGCUGUCACGGAUCCAGCGUAUCAGGCGAAGUUCAAAGCGGAGUAUGGCAGAGAGGUUGAUUUGGAGAAGGGUAUCACUAAAGUGACUGCCUUAGAACUUUGUGGUGACAGCAUCCAUGCGAUGCUCAUUGACGGCGAAAACACGCUUCUCUCAGAUCCAGAUCGGGAGCAUUGUGAGCAUGCGCUCCGCACAUUGGAGCAUCUCGUUGUUAUCGACAUCUUUCUCACUGAGACCGCUGAACUCGCCGAUAUUGUGUUGCCAGCAACGGCAUGGGGUGAAACGGAUGGGGUCUGCGCGAAUACAGAACGUCGCGUCCAACGGAUGCGUGCAGCAGUACCACCACCGGGUGAGGCAAAACCGGAUUGGUGGAUUAUUUGUCAGAUUGCACAACGUCUCGGACUUGAAGGCUUUGAUUUUGAUACGCCAAAACCGAUUUUCAAUGAACUCUGUCGGAUUUCACCGAUUUACGCAGGAUUAGAUUGGGAACGUAUUGACAAAGGUGAGUAUCAGUGGCCCGUGCCGCACAAAGAACACCCCGGCACACCUCGGCUACAUGAAGAAGGGUUCAUCAACGGACGUGGUAUCUUCUCAAAUGUGCAUUACCGAGACCCCGCCGAGACAAUUAACGAAGAAUUCCCUGUAUGGCUCACAACAGGUAGACGCUUGCAAUCCUAUCACACGCGAACACAGACAGGUAGGGCACAAGGGAUUGAUUACCUUUUAUCAGAAGAAUCACUGGAAAUCAAUCCUGCCGACAUUGAGAAAUGGGAAUUAACAGAUGGCGAAUGGUGUAAAAUGAGUAGCGCGCGCGGUAGUAUCAACAUCAAAGUAAAAGUGACGAACCGUUCGCCGCGUGGCACCGUCUUCGCCAGUUUCAGUUUCGCAGAUGUCCCAGUUAAUCUAUUGACCGGUUCGGGUUAUGACCCUGUUACUCACACAGCUGAAUUGAAAGUAUGCCCGGUCAGGUUAGAACCACUUUAA